AUGGCAGCGAUGUUUCGAGAAGAAACAGCUGGCAUGUGCUGCUCCAGUGGCAAAGUGAAACUGCCCGCAUUGGAACCGCCACCAGAACCAUUACAUUCCUUGCUCACUGGAGAAUCGCCGACGUCUAAGCAUUUCUUUCAGAACAUACAAGCAUACAAUUCAUGCUUUCAAAUGAAUGCCAUGCUUUCUUUUGGUGCCACAAAGAUCAUUAGAGAUCCAUUUAUGACAUUCAAGAUUCAGGGGCAAAUAUACCAACGAGCAGGCUCGCUCAUACCAUUUGCCGAUGCCGACUAUCAAUUUUUGCAAAUAUAUUUCAUCGGUAAUGAAACUGACCAACUAAAUUAA